AUGCAGAAUAGUGGCUCUCAUGUUCUUGAAGGUGGAGGCUGCAGCCCUGGCGAUGCAGUGAUCCUGCCUGGUCGUGGUGCUGAAUCUUGCCAAGCUGUACAUGGGAAAGGCCGUCCUAUUCUUGAAGGUGGAGGCUGGAGCCCUGGCCAUGCAGUGAUCCUGCCUGGGCCGGGCACUGAAUCUUGCCAAGCUGUACACGGAAGUGGCCGUUGUAUUCUUGAAGGUGGAGGCUGCAGCCCCGGCCAUGCAAAGAUCCUGCCUGGGCCUGGCGCCGUGUUCAUCCCCCGAGUCAACAUUGCUGGCAGUGGUGUUGACAAAGAAAGAUAUGAGCCUGUAGCCCUCAGCAGGCCUGGUAGUAUCCGAGAGGUGUGGGCCUCUAACCUUGAGGAAGAAUUCCGGGCCAUGAGGCAAACGGUCCAGCAGUAUAACUAUGUUGCUAUGGACACAGAGUUUCCAGGAAUCGUAACACAUCCCAUCGGGUUUUUUAGCAGUGCCGCAGAUUAUCAGUAUCAACUGCUGCGAAGUAACGUAAACUCACUCGACAUAAUCCAGCUCGGUCUCACCUUUUUUGAUGAAGCUGGAAACCCAGCCCCAGACUGCUGCACCUGGCAGUUCAACUUCAAGUUCAAUCUGAAUGCAGACAUGCAUGCACAAGAUUCAAUUCUUCUACUAGUCAACUCGGGCAUACAGUUUGCAAAGCACAGUGCAGAAGGCAUUGAGCCAAACGAAUUUGCACAGCUUUUCACGAUUUCUGGUAUUGUCUACUCUGAAAAUGUCCGGUGGCUCACUUUUCAUAGUGGGUAUGACUUUGGCUACAUGAUCAAGCUGUUGUUAGAUCAAAACCUGCCUGAAGACGUUGGUGAGUUUUUUGAACUGCUGCGGAUCAUAUUCCCAAAGAUUUAUGAUCUCAAGUUUCUCAUGAGGGGCUGCAAAUCCUUUCGAGGAGGCUUACAAGAACUGGCAAACCAACUUCACGUAGAACGUGUUGGACAACAUCAUCAGGCAGGCAGUGACAGCUUGCUUACAGCUGAAGCCUUUUUUAAAAUGCGGAAAGUGUUCUUCAGUGACCAGAUUGACGAUGCCAAGUACUGCGGACAAAUCUAUGGCCUGGGUCCAGAAUUCGACUCAACCGGUAGCUUUCGCACUACUAAAAAAGAUCCUUUGCCUCCGCCCAUGAUCAGAAAAGUUUUAUUUUGAUGGCGUUCCUUGGUGCUUCCCACCAGUUCAGCCCAGCUUUGCUGUGCUGACUCGAUAUAAUCGGGACUACCACUGUGUCUGAUGUGCCUUGCCGUGA